AAAGCACUGACUUCCUCCAUUAACAAGCUUUUCUUCGUUUCAGUAACACAACUUUUUUUAAGAAGAAGGAGAAGAUAUAGUAACAAAACUUUAUCAUCACCAAUUCACCAUCAUCAUCAUCAUCAUCAUCAUCAUGAUGUCUGUUUCUUCCGAGAACAAUAGUGUACCAAGACUUGUAAUCAAGAAAGUUCUAGCAAAGCUUCAGAAGGAAGGUGAAGGCGCUGUCGUUAGAAACGGCAUCACAGAGAUUGACCAGAAGUUAUUGGACCCGUUCGUGUUGCUAGUUGAAUUUUCCUUUUCACUCUCAGCUGGAUUCCCAGAUCAUCCCCACAGAGGUUUUGAAAGUGUUACAUACAUGCUACAGGGAGGUAUCAUUCACAAAGAUCCCAAAGGUCAUAAAGGUACAAUCCAAGCCGGAGAUGUUCAGUGGAUGACAGCAGGAAGAGGAAUCAUUCAUUCCGAAUUUCCGGAAGAAGAAGUCAACACUGGUUUACAGCUUUGGAUCAAUCUCCCUUCCACUGACAAAAUGAUUGAACCAAAAUAUAAGGAACUAUCAAGUUCAGACAUCCCGCGAGCAGAAGAAAACGGAGUAGAAGUCAAAGUCAUAGCCGGAGAUUCCAUGGGAAUCAAAUCUCCAGUCUACACAAGAACACCAACAAUGUUCCUUGACUUUACCCUCAAGCCAGGAUCUCAAACCCACCAGGACGUUCCAGAAUCUUGGACCGCUUUUGCCUACAUUAUAGAAGGCGAUGAAGGUGUUUUCGGUUGCUUGAAAUCUUCCGCUAUAUCGGCGCACCAUGUUGUUGUGUUUGGACCAGGGGAUUUAGUUAGCGUGUGGAACAAGUCAACUUCGAGGUUGUUGAGGUUUCUGUUGAUUGCAGGGGAACCGAUCGGUGAGCCUGUGGUUCAGUGUGGUCCGUUUGUGAUGAAUUCGCAGGCGGAGAUCGAUAUGGCUUUUGAUGACUAUCAGAAUGCUAAGAACGGGUUUGAAAUGGCCAAGUGUUAGAGGUCACAGUGAAAAGAAUUUGUAAACAAAAACCAUAUACAGAUCAUCCGUGGAUACAGAAUGGUAAGAAUGCUCCCAAUGUAUCAUAAUCAACAGAGAUCAAAUCUUCCCAACAUUUUGUUGGAUCAAUCCAUGAGAGCUCGGGUUGUUGUCUUUGGACUAUUUAGAGGAACAUGCUGCUAACAUCAGAGGAGCAUUUGGUUAUCUCGAUCCCGAAUACGUUUCCACAAGAACAUAUACCAAGCAAAGAGAUGUUUAUGGCUCCUGGGUUUUACUCUUUGAGCUUAUAGCUGGGAGAAAUCCUCAACAAGGUCUAAUGGAAUUUGUUGAGCUGGUAGAUGUCAUGUGUGUAUGAUUUAUGUUUUGUAAGACAGGACUACAAAGUUACAUUUUGUGUAUAAAGAUAUGAAUUUGAU